AUGUUAAAGAAGAUUAUUGAAGUAGAUUCUUCCUCUAAAGCGAGAAAUCAAGCCAAUCUAAAUGAUAUCUCAAAAAAUUACAGGAGUACUACUCAGCCAAAAACUCUGGACCUUUCAUUAAAACUUCCGAAGCCUUCAUUUCCUGGCCCAAAGAUGAACUAUCAUCCAUGAGAAUUUCAAACGUAUACUUCUCUAUCAAAGAUGGGUAGCAAGCCUAUAGACUUCGGCCUGAUUUCUUCCAUGCUCGAUGACCAUCAAAAGAAGAAAGGUCGUAAGCAUAAAAGAAGCAUAUCUGGGUUACACUCAGAGAUCUCCAAGAAAGGCUCCAAGAAUAAGAAGAAGCUUGCUAAAAAGGAUUCUAUUGAAGAACCUCAGUUGACAGAGAAACAGAAAUAAGUUCAAAUUUUAUUACAAGCCUUACAAAUGUGAAGAGGAGGAACAAGACACUCAUAUGCGGUUUGGAGACCCUAUCAGUAACAAAUCCAUUCCCAAAAGACAGCCUAAGCCUGAACAGGAUUCCCUAGCUGAUGAGUUCAACUGGGACCCUAUAUCGACUUUGAUUCUUCGCACAAGGUACAAGAAAUUCUCUAAAAUUCUGACUAGAAUUAACCAGAAUUACCUUGAGAAUAGCAGGAAGCUUAUCAAGAUGUACCCGAAAGAGAAAAAUAGAAUUAUUGUGAACAAAGAGAGGAUUGUUGACGGCGAUAAAAACCUCUCACAAGUCUAUAUGAACACCAAGGAAACUAUAGAAACAUGCAUUAAGAAAAUGAUCUUUGGACGGAUUCUUAAGAGUCAAAACAAGAUUGAAAAUUCCUAUAAGAAAAAUAGUCCCCAAGGGCUUGAAAUUACUGAGAGAGCAAUAAGUAUGGUCAAAAAGCAUAAUGAGAAUAACACUUCCUUCAAUGAAAUCAAAAUUUCAAGGUUUCCAACCCAAAGAAGAGAGAGGAAGAAACCUAAGAUGCUUAUACAUAAAAGACUGAAAACGAGAACUAGGUCAAAAUUUAAAAGUUCGAAAAACAAACUGAAAAAAAUUCUAGAAAAAUCAGAUUUUAAAACUGAUGAUUCUCUUAACUCUGUGUCUUCAAAUUCAGCAGAUUCUGAGCAAAUUAUGACUGCUUUUGAGAAUUACUGGAGGAGUCAAAGACAUAAAUUUGUUCCUAGGACUACUAUUCGAGCACUAAGAGCUCGAGAAAGAUCGAUACCGUUGGCAGAGAAGCACUUUGAAACACCUAUUGACUCAAGAAAGAGUAGAUCUACCGAUUUCUCUUUUAAAACAAAAAAUCCUCAUAUAAAGAAAGCAAACUUAAAAUCAAGGGUCUCACAAACCCGUAGAUCUCCUGAAAAUCCAUAUAAAUAAACUCAAAACUCCUUACAUAGCUCAAAGUGUGUUAGAAAUGCCCUCAAUUAACCUCAACCACAUCUCUCAAAAACCUAUAACCACAGAAAAGACACAAAAACCCACGAUGAAAAGCCCAAAAAAGUCAAAAAAUCCCUCAAAUCCCCCUAAAAACACUCAAAAGCUAUCCAAUAUAUACUCCUUCAACAUCUGACCUAUCUCCUCCUCUAACAACACUCAAAACAAGAGAGCCAAGUCAAAGUUAUUCCAUAUCCCCAUCAGUCAUUAGAGAAAGGUGCCCACAUGCAGCCAAACCUGAAGGAUUAUAACAAUUCCAAGUACGUUAUAAGUGCCCAUAUGAAUGGAAUAGAUCACCAUUAAGUCUCAAUUAUGUGA